AUGACGACAAAACCACUUGCUAUUAUAACAGGAGCGGCAUCAGGAAUUGGUAAUGCUGUAGCUAGACAAUUGGCAAAAACUCAUUCACUUCUACUGAUUGAUCGAGCCGAAUUUAAAGACAAUAUUGAAGCAGAAACAUUUCAAAUCGAUGUUUCCAAUGCAAAUGAAUGGCACAAAGUGACAGAUGCAAUUAAAGAACGACCUAUCGAUUUUAUUAUGCUUAAUGCAGGUAUUGGAUUAAAACCUUCAUGGACUGAUCCAGAUGGAUGGCGUAAAUUAAUGGAUACAAAUUUAUUUGGCGUAGUCAAUGGAAUUGCAGCUAUUCUUCCGUUAAUUGAAAAUAAAAAAGCAACAAUUGUCAUUACUGGAUCCAAACAAGGAAUUACUAAUCCACCUGGAAAUCCAGCAUAUAAUGCUUCAAAAGCUGCUGUUAAAUCAUUGGCAGAACAUCUUUCUUAUGAUCUUCGUAAGACAAACAUCGAUGUAUAUCUUCUUAUUCCAGGAUAUACAUAUACUGGAAUGACUCAAGGUGCAUCGACAAGUAAACCGGAUUCAGCAUGGACUGCAGAUCAAGUUGCUUCUUAUAUGUUUGAAAAAAUUGAACAAAAACAAUUUUAUAUUCUCUGUCCAGAUAAUAGUGUUACUAAUGAAAUAGAUCAUAAACGUAUGGCUUGGAAUUUACGUGAUAUUACUGAAGGUCGUCCAGCUCUUUCAAGAUGGCGAGAAGAAACUGCUGAUGAAUUUGAAAAAUACAUGAAACAAUAA